AUGGCAUUCGCUUGGAAAGCUGCUGGUCUCACCUACAACCGCUACUUGACCGUUGCCGCUCGCGCGGUCCGCAGGUCUCUCAAGGACGGUCCCCGUGCUGCUGCUGAGCGCCGCGGAAACAUGGACUUGCGUUUCGCCAAGUGGGAGGGUGAAGUCAAGUCCCUCGCCAAGGCCAACGAUGAGGCUCUUGCUGCUCAGGCCGAGUCGAAAUAA